AAAUGUAGUGCUUGAAGGUAGUCUUCGGGGAGUUGAUCACCAAGCAUUCACGGGUAGAGAGAAACUGCUUGAUGAUUAACGGACUAGGCGCGAGUUAAAUGCAGAAUGGAUUCAUCGUAGCCCUAUAUAUUCUAAAAGUAUUUUAGAAAUUCUAGAGUUGUAGUUUGGAAGGGAAUCUAGGAUCGGUGUUUCAAAGCUUCAAAACUAGCUUUUUACGACACAAACCUUAGAAGGCCUAUUGGGGCCUACUGUUAUGUGUGUAUGUGUCUAUGUUAUCCACCUCGAUAUUUGCAGGUACAUCCGACGUACUUACCCGUUACGUGUCAUGUGAAGAAUAUGACGAAAUAAAGGAACGUUGAAGCUAGGGACGCAAGCCGCCUCCACUCAACCGGCAGCGACGGUGGUGGACUCAUCCAACUUCAUUGUUGUGUCCAUUAUGUUAAUGUUCUUAUACGUUUGAUUGAGGUACUUAUGAAUUUGACUACUCCACCUUGAGCGUAGCGUAAGCAGCAUCGUCUGCCACUUGUGCGCCACCACGGCCGGCCUGCGUCCCUGUACAUGUGCCUACGAAGCUCCGCCGCUACGAGACGGCGUCGUGCACAAUGGCAAGCUAUUAAAAAACGAGGCCGGCCUACGUACCGUGUAAGCCGGGGGUUCUAGCUGAGUUAAUUAGCUCCAUUCAUGCAGGGACGGCAGCUAGCGACUGUAAUUUCCGGGUGAUGAGAGCAGCCUGAUGCUCUUUUAAUUACCGGGGCCGGCUAGCUAGCAAAGCAGAUAGAGAGACACGAGAGAGAGAGAGGAAGGAGAGACCCGAGGUUGGAUCGAUGGCGGGGAAGUGGGGGCAGCAGGACAACCCCUUCGAGGAGGUCGAGAUGGAGGUCAACCCUUUCUCGCAACCACGCCCGACCCCACUCCCGCAUGAACGAGUGAACUUCUACAAUGACAUUGGUGCACCUGUGAAUAUGCCUCUUGAUGCGAAAAAGGACGUGAAGAAAAAGGAGAAAGAACUUUUGGCUAAAGAAGCUGAGCUGAACAACAGAGAACAGGAAAUAAAAAGAAGGGAAGAUGCUCUUGCAAGAGCCGGAGUUCUUAUAGAGCCUAAAAAUUGGCCUGCUUUCUUUCCUGUCAUUCAUGUGGAUAUUUCAAACGAUAUACCCGUGCACUUGCAGCGAGUACAAUAUGUUGCAUUCGCAUCGUUCCUAGGUUUGAUCAUAUGCCUCUUGUGGAACUUUAUAUGUGUCACUGCUUUCUGGAUUUCAGCCGGGGAAAGUCCUAAGAUCUGGUUCCUGGCCAUCAUAUAUUUUGUUACUGGAGUCCCAGGAGCCUACUAUUUGUGGUACCGACCUCUCUACCGUGCGAUGAGGAAAGAGAGUGCCUUCAGAUAUGGAUGGUUCUUCAUGUUCUAUUUUUUUCACAUUUGUUUCUGCAUAUUCGCAUCUGUUGCGCCAUCAAUUCUGUUCUUGGGGCGUUCAUUGGCAGGAAUAUUUCAAGCACUGAGCGUUAUAGUUGACAGUGCUACGGUUGGGAUAUUCUACUUCCUUGGUUUCACCCUGUUUGUGCUGGAAGGGUUGAUAAGCAUGUGGGUCAUGCAGAGAGUAUACCGGUAUUUCCGCGGAAGCGGGAAGGAGGCGGAGAUGAGGCCUGAUGCGGCAUCGCGGCGCCCAUCAUUUUGA